UUAUUUUGGUAGGAUAUGAAAACCGGAAGCACACUUGUGCUGGCGGUAUUACUUCCGGUGCACGUUAGUUCCUGCGCUCGGUUUGACUUCAGUUCAAAGAGGAACUUCAAAGUAAAAGAGCCGCUCGGAGCCUCACCUGUCCGCUCACCUGUCCGGUUCGUCCCGGAUCCUCGAGCAGGAAUGUCUUCGUUGUGGCGCCUGAGACCAGUGAUGACAUCACUGCUUCAAGUCUCCCAGCAUGCUUCUGCCUGGACCGGUCCCGUCCUCUCCAGGACCAUGGCCACUCUCAACCAGAUGCACCGCAUGGGGAAGCCCAAACCGCCUCCUCAGUCCGUCAGCGCCACGUUCGGCCGGCCCCAGCUGAAGGCCGUGGUCCUGAAGACCAUGAUCCGAAAGCCCAAGAAACCCAACUCCGCCAACAGGAAGUGCGCUCGACUGCGGCUGUCUAACGGGAAGGAGGUGGUGGCCUUCAUCCCCGGGGAGGGACACAACCUGCAGGAGCACAACGUGGUGCUGGUGGAGGGCGGGAGGACGCAGGACCUGCCCGGGGUCAAACUCAAGGUGGUCCGAGGAAAGUAUGACUGUGCCCAUGUGGUGAAGAAGAAACAGUAGACUGUCACCUGUCACCUGUCACCUGUCACCUGUGUUUGUAUGUUCUGUAAUAAAACCUGAUCUGAUGAUGUCAUCACCACAAGAGUAAACAGUCUGUCCAUGUGACACAAACAGGAA